UAUAAAUACUCAAAUGUAUUCAUUCUCGAAAUGACUCAAAAUAAUGAACAAAAUAGAGAAUUUCAUAAAAUAAUUAUAAGUGAUACAAAAAUUGGACUUGGUAUUAAAAUAACUGGUGGACUUCAAAAGGAUAAUGGGGAAGAUAUUGGUAUCUUUGUCAGAAAAGUUCUCCACGGUGGAGCAGUUUCACAACACGGCAGCAUCAAAGUGGGUGACGAAAUAAUUCAAAUCAAUGACAAUAAUGUGGCAGGAUUGAGCAAUUACAGAGUUGUUGAUCUGUUGAGACAAGCGGCUGCAACCAGCAGGGUUGAAAUUGUUUAUGCCUCGGAUAAACUUGCAAGAUCUAGAUUUUCAGAACUUAUCUCAUUAAAAAGGAGAAAAUACAUAGAGGGCAAGUUAGAUAUUUCUCCUCCAAUUACUGAUCGUAGUCAAGAUCAACAUCCAAAAGAAGACAAUAAUUUUGUCAAAAAAAUUUGUGUGAUGAAAAAUUACUUUGGAAUCGGAGUGAUUGUUAUAGCAAAACAAAUUAAACAUUUAGAAGAAAAAAUACUCCAAAUAGAAAGUAUAGCAGACGAAAGCACUGUUGCAGUAGAUGGCAGAUUACAAUGUGGUGAUUUCAUCAUUAGUUUCAAUGGAAUUAAUGUCAUCAAUUGGAAACCUGAGCAGCUUCAUUCAGUAUUUUUGAGAGAAAAAUUGAUGAUUGAACCAAGCAUUGAUAUUGAAUACAUACCACAUAAUACAACACUAGAUGAUAUUGCAAGUAUAAUUCAGAUGAAAAGGAUAUCACAAAAUCUUCAAUCAAUCGGCACUAGUGAAAAAGUUCUUACAGACCAAUCUGUCCAGAUAAAAUCAGAAAACAAAGAAAAAAGGGAACUGCAAAAUACCUAUCUUUCAUCUGACUUUGAUAUGGAAAAGUAUCUUCCCCCUCCUAGCAGAAUAUUAAAAUCUUGCUCAAACCGAAGAAAAUUAACACUGGAUAAUGAAACAAGAGUUAAAGUUCACAAGUUGGAAUCGGCUCUACAAUAUUUAGGAAUUGUAGUUCCGAAUAAAAAUGAAAUCAAGAAAUUACAUGAAAUGUUGAUAAAAGAUGAAAAUGAAAUGGUUCGGUACGGAGAUUUUGUUGAAGCAAUCAAAGAAGUUUUUCAUUCACAAUUACAAGAUCUUGGUUUGAAUAAGUCAAUGUUGCAUUUUGCUGGGUCAGAUAUAUUAGAACAUUUACAACAACGUUCAGCAGUUCCACCAAUGAAGAUUGACAAGACAGUUGACACUAAUGAUUUGGAGGACAUGCAGAAAUUGUCUCAACAAAAAGAGUUUACCAAUAUUGAAAAAGAAAAUAUGAAAUUGCGUCAAGAAAUUAAAUAUUUAAAGGAAGAAAAAGAGAAAUUGAAUGAAAGUUUAUCAUCAUAUUUGCAAAUGCUUGAAAAAUCUAGAAAAGAUGUUACAAUGUUACGAAAUGAAAAUGAUAAAAUACAGGCAGAUCAUGACAAUGUAGUAAAAGAUCUUAGAGAAAAAAUUGCUUUGCUACAAACAAAGAAAAAUCCAGAAACUAAUAGUUCAAAUGAAAAUUCUUGUGAUGAUAUUGAUGAGUUAAAAACAAGAGCAUCACUAGUUGAUUGUGAAUAUAGAAAAUCUAUGGAAAUUCGGAAAUCUCAAGAAGAUGCCAUUAAGUGUUUGUUGCAGUUUACUACAAACGUAACAAUAGUAGAAUCUUCACAUUUGGAAAAUAAUCUUUCAACCAAAUUGAAUUCACUAAUUGAAGAAGCACAUCUUGCUAUUGACUCUAUAAAACCGCUGCUUGAAAACGAAGAGUUGCCAUACGGCUGGGAAGAAGCAACAUUACCUGAUGGUAGUAAAUAUUUUAUUAAUCAUGCAAAUCGUACAACAUCAUGGAUCGAUCCACGAGAUGAUAAUACUUUUCAUGACAUUAUCUCAGAACCUAUUGACCAUGAUGCUCAAAAGUAUCCGCCUUUAAUUGAAAUAUCUCCUUCAGAUAGUGACACACAGGAUGAUCUUUAAUAUGGAGUAGCAUCACGAUCAGAUAUAUCCAUAUUUUUUUCAUGCAUCCAACUUUUCUGAUUGGGCAAUUUGGCAUUAGUAGACUCUAAGUAUAAUCAGCUUGGCGAUAUAUUUUAUUAAAUAUUGUUUUUACAGUUCAUUUCUGUUCACUAAAUUGGUGGGAAAAUCUUACAAAUUUUUAAUAUGCCGUCGUAAAUCAUUUUUUCUUUAAUUUUUCUAGUUUUCUUUUAUGUUCAUCAAGUGAUUUAUACCAAGUUUCUCGCGUUUAUUUUAUUAUAUCUGUUUGGUUGUAUGUAUGUGUUGGUGUGUGUGAAUUGAUUGUAUAUUUUCAGGUAUGUGAAAACGUACCACUUUUUUGGCAACCGCUUUCAAUUUAUUUAAGGUUUCGUUUGCUCUCCUGAUUCUGUAAUCAUUCUCCAUUUGUUUUUAUCAAUUAUUUUAUUGUCUGUUAUACUGAUUAUGGAGUCGAAAUAAAAUUAUACUUAUAUUCUUUUGAUCUUCUCCUCAUCUUAUAUAUAUAUACAUGUUAAAAGUCGCGAAUCAGUGAACCAUCAUGUCUAGAUAUAAUACCCACGAAGUAGUGAAAGAGUUUUAAUUGAAGACACUGUAAUCCUCACUAAAUUUUUCA